GUCCCUUUGCAGAAAAACAGCCCCAAAGCAUGAUGUUUCCACCCCCAUGCUUCACAGUAGGUAUGGUGUUCUUUGGAUGCAACUCAGCAUUCUUUCUCCUCCAAACACGACAAGUUGAGUUUUUACCAAAAAGUUCUAUUUUGGUUUCAUCUGACCAUAUGACAUUCUCCCAAUCCUCUUCUGGAUCAUCCAAAUGCUCUCUAGCAAACUUCAGACGGGCCUGGACAUGUACUGGCUUAAGCAGAGGGACACGUCUGGCACUGCAGGAUUUGAGUCCCUGGCGGCGUAGUGUGUUACUGAUGGUAGCCUUUGUUACUUUGGUCCCAGCUCUCUGCAGGUCAUUCACUAGGUCCCCCCGUGUGGUUCUGGGAUUUUUGCUCACCGUUCUUGUGAUCAUUUUGACCCCACGGGGUGAGACACAGGGACAGAACUUGACAGUUCUGCUCGGUGCCCAUGACAUUUCUGAGAAUCAAAAGUCAAACAGGGCUGAAGUGAAGUUUUACCACAUCCACCCUGGGUUUGAUGUUGAUACACUGGAAAAUGACAUCAUGCUGUUGCAGCUCAAGACUGCAGUUAAGAAGACCAAAGAAGUGCAGUGGAUCCCCCUCCCUAAGAAAGAUAAGGACGUCAAGCCCAAAACAGUCUGCAGCGUGGCAGGAUGGGGGGCCAACAAAACCAAUGGGAACGUAAGCCCACGCCUUCUGGAAGUCGAUGUCAUUGUCACAGACCGAAAGAUGUGCAGAACAAAAUGGGGGAAGAAACCAAUCACACCCAGGAUGAUGUGUGCAGGGGGAAGCGAUGACUACAGAGGCUUCUGUCAGGGGGAUUCUGGAGGUCCUCUGGUGUGUAAGGGCACAGCGGAGGGAAUUGUGUCCUUCAAUGAAUACAGAAACUGCAAUGAACCUACAAAACCGAAUGUUUACACUCAAAUAUCCAAAUACCUGUCCUGGGUCAAAUGUAUCAUAAGCAGUGUAAAGUGAACCACAGAUAAAAUGC